UGUCCUCUGGAAAACAGAGGCAAGCAAAAACAGAAGUAGUCUGAGGAAGAAGAAACGAUGACAACCGUCGGAUAUAACAUCCCUCUUGAUCUGACGAUCGAGAUCCUGCUAAGGUUGCCGGCGAAAUCUCUCUUCAGAUUCAGAUCAGUGUCGAAGACAUCAGCCGACAAUUCGCCGACGCUUUCAUGCACCUGUCUCUGUCUCGACCUCGGCUUCUCCUUGCUUUCAACAACUGCGACGACAACCAAUUGUUGUUUUUCUCCUUAGCUCAUCAAAGUUGUGAUCUUUCAUCGUCGUCUUCAGUGUUAGCCGCCAAAGAAAACACCUUGACACUUCCCAAAGUCAGAUCUGAUGAUUGCAUCAUGCAGAGUAACUCUGUCCGUGGGUUCGUCUGUUGUUACAUGGAGCGUCGUUUCGUGGUAUGUAAUCCAACCACAACACAAUUCAUAGUCUUACCGGAAGACUAUAACCCUAUCCGUCGUUGUGAGGAUUUUUAUGUGUACUUGGGAUACGACCCAAGCAACGAUCAGUACAAGGUAUUGCGCCUGGAGAUGGCGGAAUUCUCUGAUACACCUAUUGAACAUAGUGUAUGCACGUUGGGAGGUGUUUCUGGUUCUUACUCAUGGAGGCGCAUCAAAAGCAGUAUCCUUUAUUAUUAUUUUCAUCGUAAUGGAGUAUGCAUUGAUGGGGUUGUGUAUUACGAAGCUAACUUGGAUCCAGAUUGUACUACUUUGGUAGUGAGUAGUUUUGAUGUUGCGUCUGAGCAGUUGCGUGUCAUUGAAACACCCGAAAUUAUGGUUGUAGCUAGCCUAACAAACUACCUAGGCAAGUUAGCUUCGUACGAUUUCUCUGAAGACAUUACUUGUUUUGUUUUGUGGGUUCUUGAUGAUGUUGAGAAUCAAGUUUGGUCAAAAAAAAUUUGUGUCUUUUCCUCUUUUACCCGUUCGUUGCUCUUGGAUUUAAAACUGCACUUUGUUGGGGUGACUGCUGCUGGAGAGAUCGUCUAUGUUCCAUAUUUGUUUACUCAUCCUUUCGAGAUUCUCUUCUACCAUGUAGAGAAGAAGCUGGAUUGGGACAGGAACAUGGUCUUUUCUUAGGAGCUGAAGUUAAAGGGAUGAGCAUGUUCUAGUAUGAGAGUGAGUAGUUUCGAAUUUCGAUGUUGGGUCCGAGCAGCUACGUCUCAUUAACACACCUAGAAAUUUUGCUGGUGUCCUAACAAACUACCUUGGGAAGUUAGCUGCGUAUGAUUCUAUUGAUGAUGGUUUGUUUUGUUUUGUGGGUUCUUGAUGAUGUCAAGAAUCAAGUUUGGACAAAGAAGACUUAUGUCUUUCCUUCUUAUACCACUUUAAUGUUGCGGGGCUUUAGCUUUGCAGGGAUCACUGUUGCUAGAGAGAUCGUCUAUGUUCCACACUUCUUUUCUGAUCCUUUUGAGCUUUUCUGUUACGAUGUAGAGAAGAAGAUGGAAAGAAGCGUUGAGUUGAAGGACUCGUAGAUGAAAUCUAUGAUGGUGUUAGUUGUUCUACUUUCAAAACUCGUUUUCGUACCUUUCUAUUAUGCUCCUAUGUCGACAAUAUUAUUUAAUUGUAGCUUUUAUUUAACGGGAUUGUUGGCGUGACCACUGUCUUCUGACUCUUUCGAGCUUCUCUGUUACUACUAUACUAAGGUGGCAAUAAGAGUUAAGAGUUAAAGAACUAGUAA